AUGGCUCAGUCUCCUGAUGUGCGUGCCUCCCGGGUAGAGGCCACUGUGCCUGGGUUGAUUGAGCGGGCGAUUGAUGGCCAAAGUGCUUCCAAGGAUGUGACGGCCUUAAAGGCCGAUAUUGUUGGGCUACAGAAAGAUGUGGAUAAGCUAAAAUCCACUAAUCUCUGGAUGUUCUUUGGCAUUGUGACUCUUCCUGAGGUGUCGAGCUCAGAUUUCCUGGCCAGUUCUGAGAUUCUUCUGUCUACUACGUCCAGAGAUAUGGCUAUGGAUGAGACAGAUGUUGAGUUCAAUGCUGAGACUGAUGAGGAGGAGUUGGGCAUUCGUGAUGCAUCUAUGUAUAGAGAUUUUGAGGAUCUUGAGGGAGCUAUGGUCCAGACAGCCGUGGCAGCUUCUUUGAGAGAUACCUCGAUGGUGGGCUCUAGUUAA